GUUUGCAACAGUAAGGUAUGACCAGACAUCCAAGAACAUUAAAAACCAGUUCAUGCAUCUAACCAACUACAGUGUCAACAAGAAGAGUGGAGAUUAUGUCAGCUGUGAUGAUCCUGAAGUAGAGGAUUACGGAAACAAGUGGAGCAUGAGUGCAAUGCUGAGGUACUUAAAACAAGAGGGGAGAGAUACUGCAGCGCUGAUGGCCAACGUGGAGGACCUGAUUAUCAAGACUGUAGUUUCUGCUGAGCUGGCCAUUGCCACAGCUUGUAAAACUUUUCUUUCACAUCGUGGCAGCUGCUUUG